AUGAAAUAUCUACUGAGGAGAACAAACAGAAAAUUCGCGUUCAACAGUUUUCUUCGCAAAUCGUGCUCUUUCUACUGCUCCAGAAAAAGGAGCAACAUAUCAGAAAUUUUAGAGAGUAAUCAUUAUGAUAAAGAUGGGAAAUAUGAUAAAGAUGGGAAAUAUGAUAAAGAUGGGAAAUAUGAUAAAGAUGGGAAAUAUGAUAAAAAUGGGAAAUAUGAUAAAGAUGGGAAAUAUGAUAAAGAUGGGAAAUAUGAUAAAGAUGGCAAAUAUAAUAAAAAUGGUAAAUAUAAUAAAAAUGGUAAAAACGUUGUCUCCAAAUUUUAUCCUAUUGAACAUGAGAAGGACAUAAUAACCAUUUUGCAAAAUUCGGCGGAAAGAAAAAAUGAAUUAACUUGUCAAAACAUAAUACAAUUACUUCAAGCAUGUAGUAAAAACAGAUACAAAAAUGAUACGAUUGCACAGUUAAUAAUUAUGAACAUAAAAUAUAAUAUUGAAAAAAUGUCCAUUAUUCGAUUAUGUGUGUGCAUAAAUUAUUUGGUUAAUUUGAAUAUACUAAAAAAUAAUGAGAAUUUUACGAAUGUACUAAUUAAUUCUUUAAUAAAAAAGUUGAAAAAUGAUGAACAUAUAGAUCUGUAUGGAAUAUGUCUUAUAGCUAAAUUUCUUCUUAAUGAGAAAAUAAAAAACCAAGAAUUAUUUUACUUAAUAGGUGACAUAAUCAAAAAUAAAAUAACCAUGAAUUCGAAUUCGUAUGAUAUAUACAAUUUGAUACUAUCCCUUUUAGCUAUUCAAGAUAACAGACUUUUAAAAAAUGAUAAAAUUUCUGAUGAAAUAGGUACCAAGUGUACACAAAAUAAUUAUAGCUUAUGUAAUAGAAAAAAUGAAGAGAAUAUAUAUCACAAGAUGGACACUACUAUCCAUUUUGUACAGAUAUAUACGAAUUACAGAAUGAAUAAUAAUUUAGAAAAUGUGAUUAAAUUAAAUGAAGAGAAUAUUUACAAAUUGUUAUAUCAUUAUAUAAAAUUGGACAGGGUAAAAAAUGAAGAAAUCAUUCUUAUUAUUAAUAGUGUAAGUAGUAUAAAUAGAAAAAAUUUUAUGCACAAAAUGGAUUUAAGUAAAAAGGAAAAAACUGAUUUAUAUGAAAUGUACUUUAACAGAAUAAAUUAUAAGGAACAAUUUGAAGGUAAAUUAAUAGCACUUCUUCUUUUUAAUUUACAAAAAAUUUUAAAAUCAAAUGAAAUAUCAGAAAAAACGUUUUAUCAUAUUUUGCAAAAUAUUUACGACUCUUUAAAAAUUGCCACAAUAAAGACGAGACAAAAUGUGUGUCCAUCACAAAGAGGAAGGAAUGAAGUGGGGGAAAAACAAGGAAGUGGAAAAGUAGGUGCAAAGCAGAAAGAUCUGCUUACACAAAUUAAGAAGCUUAAAUGCGUAGAGGAAGCAGCAACUAUAGGGGGAGAUAAAAUAAAAUGUAAUAAUGAAAAUGAUACCAAAAUGAAUAGAACAUAUUCUAAUUACUCAAACAAUUUAAGACUGCAUUUUACUAUUCAAGAAAUUGGCAUGAUAUUUCAAUUUUAUGAUUGCCUCUUAAAUAUAUCCAUAGGAAGAGAUAAAUUUGCAACGUCUUUCCAGCACACUCAUCAUACCGUUUUAAAUUUACAACACGAUAUGAUUGACAGGAAAGAAGAAAAAAAAAAUAGUUAUGGAAUAUUGUACAGUACAACAGACGGGCAAAAUGCGCACAGGGAGAUUCAUAACGACCACUACAAUUACCACUACAAUUACCACUACAACAACUACUACACCUAUUGGUGUACCCUCUUCGGGGCACAGGUAAACACUCUAAAGGAGAGCCUGCUUUUUUAUGCUUCACCUAGCUAUGGAAAAAAGGAAAAAAUGAAUAUACUUGACUUCUGCACAGUGUUCAAAGGGUUUUGUAAAAUAUAUAGAAAUACAUUACUAGAUAGAAAUAUUUUAUUGUUUUUUCAUAAUUUCAUAAUAUCAAAUCAAAACAAAGUAAGUGUGAAUGAGUUGAUUGUUAUACUUAAAUUAAUUUUCGAAAUGAAGAAUUCUGAUUUUUUUAAAAUUUUAUGCAAUAAAACAUACGGAAGCAACACACAUGGAAACUUCCUUAACAAUAUACAAAACAUUUUAAUUAAAAAUGUGUUAAAUGAAAAAAGCAUUUUACCAAAUUAUCGUAGGAAGGAGUCGUGUAUUAUUAUGUGCUUCUAUUAUCUGUCCUUUUUAAACUGGAAUGCUAAUAUAUAUCUUGUACUGAAUAAUUUUAUUGUAAAAAAUAUAAGGACUAAUACUGUAAUAAAUGCCAUUCCGUAUAUUAUUAUAAGUAAAUUUAACUAUCAUAAAUUAGAAGAGAAAUUAUUGAAGGGGCAAUUAAAACCGCCAAAGCAGGAAACACAAAGUGGACACGAUUUGAUGUAUGAACAAGAGGUAGCGGAUGCCCAUGGGGGGGAUAUGUUCAUAAACGGGAAUGAAAAAAUUUACCAAAAGAAGAAGUGCAAUAAUGGUGCAUCAGGUCGUAUUAAAAUGUAUGGACAAAGCGAUUUGGAUAGGAGUGUUGACAUAAAUGCUGCCAGGAAUUCUGACAAGACUGUUGAAUGUAGUGCUUACAGUAGUGCUGAUAGUAGUGCUUACAGUAGUGCUGAUAGUAGUGCUUACAGUAGUGCUGAUAGUAGUGCCUACAGUAGUGCUGAUAGUAGUGCUUACAGUAGUGCUUACAGUAGUGCUGAUAGUAGUGCGUACAGUAGUGCUGAUAGUAGUGCUUACAGUAGUACAUGUCAGAAUAAUUACCCCAUUACGCGUGAUAUUGAGAGGAUACAUAUCCUGUACAAGUUAAUAAAUAAACAUUUUGAUCGAUACAGAAUGUACUGUGUGCUGAGCUGCAUUUAUGUGUUCACAAAAUUUUUAAAGGAGAAGAAGACAAGUUAUUCGUUUCCCUUUUCGAAUUUUAAUUUUCCCGAUUUGUUUCAAAAAUUGCACAACAAACUGUUAAGCAGCUCAAAAUUACGGUGUGAAAAUAAUUAUGACUAUUUUAUUAAUUUUGUAAAAUACAAUUAUUGUGUAUCAUUCCUUAAUUAUUAUAUAAACUUAAAUAAUUUAAUGGAAAACAUACUACAAUAUUGUAAGGAUUUCCCUUUCAACUUUUAUACGCCGUUUAAUGCAUAUCUUAUAGUUCACUUUUUGAUAAAUUAUGAACAAAAUAUAAAAAGUCAGAAAUAUAUUCCCUAUAUAAAAAAUGUAUCACCACAUUUUGAAAAAAAAAUUAUACAUACAUAUAAUACCAUAAAAAUGGAAAAAAUAAUUGUUUUUAAAAAUUUAAUGAAAUAUGUAAGUUCUCAUCACGAAUUAUUAAAUACACACGACAUUAUAAAUAUAAUGAAAACUUUAAAAUUGUUAUCCUUUGAACUUAAUUAUAAGACCAUCUUAAUAGUACAUAAUUUCAUUCUAAAUUUUAAAUGUUAUUUACACACAAAAAUAAGUACAAACUUUGAAAUAUUAAUUGAAUAUAUAAAGUUCUUAUACUAUUUCGAAUCCCAGAAUUUUGAGUUAUUUCAAAAAUGCAGUAAUUUAAUAGUGAAUAUUUUUAUAUGUAUCUUCAGAACGAUUUUUAAAAAUCUGCAAAACAGUGAAGAAAAUAAUUACAUUGGUAUGCUGCAAUUCUCUUUGUUAUACAUGUCGUACUUUAUUCAAGAAUCAAACUCGGUUUUUAAUAUGUUAACCUCCAUAAAUUUGAGAAAAAUACAUUAUUUAAUGAAUAUUAAAUGCUUGAAUUUGGAAAAGUAUCAACACUCGUACACUUUUCAAUUACAAAUUUUGAAAGUUCUUAAGGGUGUUAUUAAAAAUAAAAGCAUAAUAAAUGAAUACAGCAUUGAUGGUACACCCUAUACGGUUGAUAUUAUCAUCACAUAA